AUGUCUUUCUCAAACCAAGGCCGCGUACGGGGUUUGGCUGCAACCCUUCUCUUGUCCACAUUCAUGGCCGCUACGAAAGCUGAUGUUCCCGCUUCCACAUACGUUGGCAUGGGCACAUCUCCCAAGUCGCAAGAUAAUGUCACCGUUUCAAUCAAUGUCCCUGACAACAGCACCGACACCCUGUUCUACCACUUCUCCGCCCCUUCGUCCCGGAAAUGGGCAGCCUUUGGAUUUGGAGACAAGAUGAAGGAUGCACUGAUAUUUGUUACAUACGCUUCGGAGGAUGGAAACAAUGUCACAGUCAGCCCUCGAUUAGGGAAGGGUCACACAAUGCCACAACACACCGACGACGUCAAGGUCGACGUACUGGAGGGCAGUGGUGUCAUCAACAAUGUCUUUGUUGUCAAUGCGAAAUGUACUGGCUGCCGUAGCUGGGAUGGUGGCAAGGUGGAUGUCGACAGCACCGACCAAGACAUGAUAUGGGCAUUGGGACCAGAUGGAAGCUUGAAAUCGGAUGAUGUCUCGGCGUCCAUUACUCAGCACGAGGGGCAUAAUUUCUUCGACCUCAACCUCAAGGAUGCCACUGGAAUUGGCGGUGUUCCCAAUGUAUCCAACACUACCGCCGACAGUGACGACUUUGAUGACGGUCCUUUUGGCAGAGGCCACGCCAAUCCAGGUGUUGCUUUUCACGCUUUUCUGAUGGUUUCGGCAUUUUUGAUCGUCUUCCCUGCUGGCUACCUGCUAUUACGCAUUCUCAACAAGGUCGUAAUACACUGGGCGGUACAAACCUUCGCUUUGCUUAUGGUUUGUGUGGGCACAGCAGCUGGGAUCGGUAUCAGCAUCAGGCAGGAUAUAUCUCCGAGUCUGAACUCUGGCCACCAAAUCCUGGGCCUCGUCAUCCUCGCUCUUGUCAUCACGACCUGGGUCGUGGGCUUUCUCGGUCAUCGCAUCUACAAUAAGACCGGCACACCAGCUAAGAUCAUGAAGGGUCACCGUGUCCUUGGCCCUGGCAGCAUUCUUCUGGGUAUCGUCAACACCUUUGUCGGCUUCAAUUUUGCUGGCAACCACCGCGGCAUGAUUAUUUACGGCGUUGCGACCUUCUUUCUGCUUCUCGUUGUGGGGGGAUGGACCAUGAUCAGGAGGCGACAGGAGAUGCGCAAGGCACCCAUGAACACUCCCGCGGCAAUGAAUUUUCGCGAAGGACAAUACGAGCCGCCCCAAGGACCACCCCCGCCACCGUUGUACGGGGAAGGUGGCAUUCCGCUACAGAGUUACUCCAAUGCACCGCCCGUUUAUAGAUGA